AUGUGGUCGCAUUUAGAACGUGGCAGUUCUCCUGUGGAUUGGUGUGAAUCAAAUUAUUCCAUAUCGCCAGUAAUAGCCGAAUUUGUUAAUACGAUAAGUAACAUUCUAUUCUUUUUAUUCCCGCCAGUAUUGAUACAUUUAUUUCAAGAAUAUGCUAGAUUCUUUAACCCAGCAAUCAAUGUACUAUGGGUCCUGUUAAUGGUGGUUGGUAUCAGUUCUGCGUACUUUCAUGCUACCCUGAGUUUAGUGGGGCAACUCUCUCGAUGA